UCGGGGGCAGUUGCUUCCUCAUAACUUCGAUUGACACUUGUUGGACAGGUCACAAGCUCGUAUCGAGAACAUGCUGGUAUACUUUUCUGUGGAUUGGCUCGCGCAGAGCCACCAUGACAGCUCGCUGGAGGAGAAACAAGGAGCCGGAAUGGGCAAUUUGCUCCACUGCAAGCCGCACAUCCCCUGCAUGGUGCAGCCGAGCCCGCCUCGGUACGGAAAAAGUUACCUGCAACCCAAAACAAAGUCUUUUAAACCUCAAGAGCCAGUGGCGACCUCCUCUUCGCAUUCAACACGCUGCACAACACCAAGUUCAGAAACAAGCGGUUACUCUUCGGGCUAUGAUAGUGAAGCGGCUUCCACGGAGCGUCUGGCGUCUGUGGGUGAGGCGGAGAAGGCGUGCUCUCAACGUCGAGCUCGCACGAAAUUCAGCCACGAACAGAUCAGCAGAUUGGUCAAGAUCUUCGACAAGCACAAAUACCUCGAUGCCGGAGAGAGAGUGAAAACAGCACGCAAACUGCGCCUGACUGAAACUCAGGUGAGGACCUGGUUUCAGAAUCGGAGGAUGAAGCUCAAACGGGAGGCUCAGGACCUCGCUCCCCAAGUCCAACCGGUCAUGUUCCAACAUAUGCACCCGAUUCAGUACCGCGCCGUUGCUGGACGCCACUCGCACUACCCAACAACCGGACCAGCCCUGUACCACGUCCCCGUGCCCCAGCUGGUCCUGCAACAGCAGCAGAUGGCCCCCCGCCCUGGACCCCGUCUUAUGAUCCCACAUUUAUACUAAAGAGGAGAUUUCCCAGUCAAACACUUAAGUGCAAUUAAUAACAGUUUUUGAAUCUGUUUUGUUUUAUGAUGCAAGAGUUGUAAAUAAUGCAGAAAAAAAUAUUUAAUAAAGUUUAUCUUUGUAAUGCAGCAAAGGUCUACCUCAA